GCGGUGGGGCCGGGUCUGUGGGGACCGGGAGUGCCGGGCGCCCGCUGCCCAGCGGCCACCCUUCCGUGCGGGCCUUGGGCCCCGUGGGGAAGGGGCCUCCUGGUGGGGCCGGCCUGUCCCCGCCCCUCCGUCCCCGUUUGAAGUCGGCGCCACCGAGGCCGGGUGGGGUGCGUCGGGCCCGUGGCUCGGCGGGAAGAGGGACAGGGCGAGAGGAUUUCCGGGCUGCGGCGGGAAUGUCAGGGCGCUCACUGGGUUUUGCUUCUUAGUUAAAGGAUGAGAAGUAGUAAGGAGCCGUUUUUUGUGAAGUUCAUAAAGUCUUCCGGGAGCUCGGAGUAUUUUUCUAAAGCCCUUGAGUCUAUAAAAGAAUUCCAGUCAGAAGAACAUCUUCAGAUCCUUGAAGAAGAAACAGUACUCAAUAUAAAAGAAAAUGAUAAAUCACUUUACAUUUGUGAUCCUUUCCAAGGCGUGGGUUUCAGUCACCUCAAAAAGCUUGGCUGUAGGAUUGUUGGACCACAGGUAGUCCUGUACUGCAUGCAGUCGCAGCGGUGUGUCCCGAGAGCUGAGUAUCCCGUGUACAACAUGACCAUGGCCGACGUCACGGUGUCCUGUACCAGCCUGGAGAAGGAUGUGAGGGAAGAAGUUCACAAGUAUGUGCAAAUGAUGGGUGGAUGUAUAUACAGAGACCUCAACAUGUCAGUGACUCAUCUGAUAGCUGGAGAAGUUGGCAGCAAGAAAUACUUGGUAGCUGCUUCCCUGAAGAAACCUGUUUUGCUUCCCUCUUGGGUUAAGACAUUGUGGGAUAAGUCUCAGCAACGCAUAAUGAGGUACACUGAUGUUAACAUGGAGGACUACGCUUGUCCUGUGUUCCUCGGCUGCACGAUUUGUGUAACUGGCUUAAGCAGCUCUGACAGGAAAGAAGUCCAGCGCCUCACUGCUGAGCAUGGUGGGCAGUACACGGGGCAGCUCAAGAUGAAUGAAUGCACUCACCUCAUAGUUCAAGAGCCAAAAGGUCAAAAGUAUGAAUGUGCCAGAAAGUGGAAUGUGCACUGUGUGUCUGUGCAGUGGUUUUCUGACAGCAUCAAGAAAGGCUUCUGUCAGGAUGAGACAAUGUAUAGAAUAGAGGCUGGAUCAAAACUGCAUAAUGCACCCAGUACAUCAACACCUACAAAUGACACCAGCAAGCCUCAUAAUCAUACCCUUUCGGACGUCAGCCACAUUUCCAAUAUCAAUUUAAGCGGUGUUAAUGAAACUGCAUGUAGUUCAGCUAUGAGCAGCAGACUGGAUCCUCUUCCUGAUGAGCUGGAAAACUUGGACAUAAGUUCUUUUCAAGCCCCUGAAGAUUUGUUAGAUGGGUGUCGAAUCUAUCUCUGUGGCUUCAGUGGCAGGAAGUUGGACAAGAUGAGAAGGCUUAUUAAUUGUGGUGGUGGUGUUCGAUUUAAUCAACUUAAUGAAGAUGUUACUCAUGUCAUUCUGGGGGAAAAUAAUGAUGAGCUGAAACACUUUUUGGACAAAACGGCUCACAGGCCUCAUAUAGUGACAGCAAAAUGGUUGCUGGAGUCAUUUGGUAAAGGUUGUCUCUGUCCAGUGGAGCACUAUAUCCCUCUAAACUACCAGCUGUUAGAGAAUCCAAUUUUGGAACAACCUGGAAUGAAGUCAAUUUUUCCCAAAAAAACCAGUCUCUUGAAGAAAGAUGCUGUGAACAUGGUAAAGCACCAGAAAGCUGCUGAAGAUGACUUCCUCUCUCAAUAUGUAAAUAACUAUCCUACACUAGAUGAAGUUGAAAAACUAACAUCCAGAACCUUCAGUGAUGUUACUAACUUGACUGCUCAAGGAGAGAAUCAGCCUUCUGUCUGUAAUGGGUCUUUGGCAGAGUCUUCUGCACUGGCUGAAGGAGGCUUAUUUUUCAGAAAGAGAUUUCUUCUUCUGGGUUUUGAUGAAGAGGACGAGUCCUGCAUUGCAGAUAUUAUAAAGGACAAUGCCGGGGAAGUUCUGCCACUGCAAAGCAGAACCAUUGCAGACUAUGCUGUGGUACCUUUAUUAGGGUGCACAGUGAAGGCAACUGUUGGUGACGUUGUCACAAAUACAUGGCUGAUAACAUGCGUGGAACAGCAAGUCCUUUUAGACAUCCGAUCCAAUCCUCUCUUCACACCAGUCCUGGUAAUGGAAGGAGCUACCCCUCUGGAAGAUUGUGUUCUUUCUUUUAGCCAGUUCAUCGGUGCCGAGAGAGACUCCCUUGUUUAUCUGGCAGGAGUGCUGGGAGCCAGAGUCCAAGAAUUCUUUGUGCGGAAAGCCAGCGCGAAGAAAGGAAUGUUUGCCAGCACCCAUCUUGUGGUGAGAGAACCGAACGGCUCCAAGUAUGAAGCUGCAAAGAAGUGGACUUUGCCAGCAGUCACUGUAGCUUGGCUUUUGCAGUCUGCAAGGACAGGAAAGAGAGCAGAUGAAAGCAAGUUCUUGGUUGAAAAUGCAGAGCCUGAAGGGAGUUUCAUUACCCAGCUUAGCAAAACACCAGCAACUGUUAAAUCUCCCGAUUCAGAACCUACUCAUCUCCUUGAAGCUGGAAAAAAAGGAGCUGUGACCCCCCUUGAUAUCAACAGGUUCCAGAGUAAAGCUUUCCAAGCUGUAAUCUCUCAUCAUACUGGGAAGACAACCCCUGUUGCACAAGGGGGACCGCUCCAGAAAGAGCCAUCUUUACAUCUUGAUACACCAUCAAAGUUUCUUUCCAAAGACAAGUUGUUCAAGCCUUCUUUUGAUGUAAAGGAUGCUCUGGAAGCUUUGGAAACUCCUAGAGGUCCUGAACAAAAAACCAGGAAACUGAGUACGCCUCUCUCUGAAGUCAUUGGCAGAAACUUGAAACUGGCACUGGCAAGCAGCACAACGCAGGCAGCAGCUCUUUCUGCCAGCCCUCAAUUGGCUGCUGCACAGCCAGAAGUGGAAGAAGAGCCCAAGCCUCUAGCUGAUGCUGUUAUAUAUGUUAGUAAAAAACUUAGUAAGAGGCAAAGGGAGCUGAAUGCAGUAGCAGCUUCUCUUGGAGCAGACUACAGAUGGUGCUUUGAUGAAACAGUAACACACUUCAUCUAUAAGGGAGGACAGAAUGAUAACAAUAAAGAGUACAAAUCUGUUAAAGAACGGGGUAUACAUAUUGUUUCAGAGCACUGGCUUUUAGAGAGUGCCCGAGAAUAUAAACGGCUUCCUGAAUCUCUCUUUCCUCACACUUACAAUCCCAAAAUGAGCUUGGACAUCAGUGCAGUACAAGACAUCAGGUUCUCCUCCUGCUCCAGUAAACCUCUUUCAACUGGAAAACCAGCAGAGGAAAAUGAGAUUAUUCCAGUGGAUGAAGAUGAUGCUGAUGAUGAUGUAACUACUGACCAGAUAAAGGAAAUGGUUGCUAUAGGGGAAGAACAAGCUGUAGCAAGUGAAUCCAAAGGAGUUUUAACCCAAGCACUAGAAAUGAGGGAGGAUUUCCAAAGGCAGCUGCAGGAGCUCAUGUCUGCCACAUCACUAGUGAAACCACAAGGGCAAAGAGGAUCCCUUUCCAGGAGCAGCUUUGAUGGUUCUCCAGCCACUCCUGAUAGCGCACGCUCUGUGCGAAAUGGCCGCAGCAGGGUCUUGGAAGCUCUAAGGCAAUCCCGCCAGGCACUGGCAGAUAUAAACACAGAGCCAUCCCAGAGUGAGCAGAUCAUUUGGGAUGAUCCUACUGCGAGGGAAGAGAGAGCAAGACUUGUCAGCAACCUUCAGUGGCCUAAUAGUCCUUCUCAGUACCUUGAGCAAGGUCAGAGUAACACCAAUAAGAACAUGGAUGAGUCUGUCCUCAAAGGAUCUGUACCUUAUGCAGAGAUGACAGCUGUUCCUGAGGCUGGGGAUGGAGAUGUGAUUGAAGGUCUAAAGAAUCCCAUAUGUAGAUCUCCUGAAACACCAAUUAAAGAUAACUUGAUCCCCACUCCACAGGCCCCCAGCAUUGCUUUCCCCCUGGCUAACCCUCCUGUGGCACCAGAGCCCAAAGAAAAGGUUGUUACAGAAGAUAAGAAGGCUGAUGAAGAAACAGAAAAACUCCGUAAAUUUCAGCUGUCUUCUCUUAAUCCUCAAGAAAGAUUUGAUUACUGCCACCUGAUUGAGGAAUUAGGUGGAAUAGUACUUGAGAAACAGUACUUUGAUCCGGGUUGCACACACAUUGUUGUGGGACAUCCCCUUCGGAAUGAAAAAUUCUUGGCUUCGAUGGCAGCUGGAAAGUGGGUGCUUCAUCGUUCCUACCUGGAGGCAUGUAGAGGAGCUGGCUGCUUUGUUCAGGAAGAAGACUAUGAGUGGGGAAGUAACUCUGUACUUAAUGUUUUGUCUGGAAUCAAUGUAAACCAGAAGAAACUAGCACUGGCAGCCAUGAGGUGGAGGAAAAGAAUUCAAAAAGGGAGUCAAGAAACUGGUAUUGUUGAGGGAGCUUUCAGUGGUUGGAAAGUAAUCCUGAACGUUGAUCAAACCAAGGAAGCGGGAUUCAGGCGCCUUCUUCAGUCAGGAGGAGCAAAAGUGUUUUCUGGCCAUUCUGUGUCUCUCUUUAAAGAAGCGACUCACCUCUUUGCUGACUUCAGUAAGCUGAAGCCAGACGACUCCAGGGUUAACGUGGCAGAGGCGGCAGCCCAGGGAGUGAACUGCCUCAAACCGGAGUACAUCGCUGACUACCUCAUCCAGGAUCCACCUCCCCCUAUGGAGUCUUACCGCCUGCCAGAAGCCGAGUCUUACCUUCAGAAUAACUCAGAUCUUGGAACUGGAUUAUCCCAGAAAAGAAAAGCACUGGGAGAAAUGAGCAGAGUCAAGCGAUCCAGAAUACACUAAGCAUAUUCUCUGUUCUUAAUUUGUACAUUUUUAAAUUCAUAUUUAUAUUUUUUCAUUCUUGCCUAAAAAAAUUAAAAGCUUUGAGUUUCACCUCUAACUUGUCCUGAGAUUAAAAUAAAUUUGCAGUAAUACUUACAGGAAAGAUUGCUUUGGUUACCAGUAGCAUCUAAAAAUAUGGCAAGAAUUCAUCCAAAAAAUACUGUAAUGUGUCCAAACUAUCCCACUAGUGAUUUUGUCUGUGGACACAGUUGUAUAAUAAUAGUUAAAAAAUAAUUUGUAAAACACUUAUCACAUCUUUUAUCUGUGUUUUGGGGAAAAUACCAGUUGAUGAGAAUUUCAUUGCAUCUCCCAUGUAGUAAUGGGCUUAGAUUUUUACAUUAAUUUUUCAUCUUUUGGUAUUUUCUAUUGGAAGGGAAGAGGGAAACCAGACAAAAAGAACUGGCUUGUAAAUUUUUGUACUACUAGAGAGUGUAAUAAAUUUUCUAUAGAUCACA